UUUGGGGUGGGAGGAUAUUUACGAAGGUAGAGAAUGGAAUUUAAGUCAUACUAGCACAUAGAUUUAAUUCAUUUCCUGGUGGGAACAAGAGCCCGGCGUGGCUGGCCCACCGCCGGGACUGGCCUCCCGGUCUCGGGCGCGCGCCCCUUUAGCCCGCACACACGUUUCUCCCUCCCUGGCCCCCUUCCGCUCCCUCUCUCUCCCCGCCGCAUCGCUGCCACAACCUAAGGGAAAUUUAGCGCAAUACGUUCGUUCAGUCGGGAUAUCAUAGUACUCUCAACUUUUAGCAGAGGACGUGUUUACUUCCUUAUUUCUUGCUUUGAAGAACGUCUCAGUGAGUGUGGCACUGCCUGCUGGUGCCUCAGCAGAGUGGGAAGACCACGACUCCAUUUUUCAGCAGGUAGAGGGGCUUUGCGAGGCGCUUGUGGGACGAAGACUUCUCCUCUCGGUUGUGCCUCAUGCCGACGCUGCCUGGCAGCGUUCAAACGUCCCGCGCACCGCGUCACUGCUGCCAGCCAAUGAGCGGCGUGCUGGGGGUUCACGUGACUGUCGAGGUCCAAGCAACAGCUAUGGAGAGUAUCUCUCGCCAGUCAAGAUGGAGGACAGUGGAGUGGACACUUCGUGUCCACAGACUACUCACAUUUCGUGUCUAUACCCAGAGAUCUUGGCACUCAUUUUCAGUUACUUGGAUGUAAAAGACAAGGGCCGCGUGGCCCAAGUGUGUGCUAACUGGCGGGACGCUGCAUACCACAAGAGCGUGUGGAGAGGAGUGGAGGCCAAGCUCCACCUGCGCAGGCCAAACCCGUCUUUGUUCGAGUCGCUGGGGUGUCGAGGGAUCCGCCGCGUGCAGGUGCUGUCGCUGCGGCGUGUGUUGAGGGACGUGAUCAGCGGCGUGCCUAACAUCACUUCCCUUAACCUCUCGGGCUGCUACAACGUCUCCGACAUCAGCCUGACGCACGCCUUCGCCAACGAGUGCCCCUCGCUCACCCACCUCAACCUCUCGCUCUGCAAGCAAAUCUCGGACUCGGCGCUGGGAAAAAUCGCUCAACAGCUGAGGAACCUGGAGGUGCUGGAGCUGGGCGGGUGUUCGUACAUCACCAACACGGGCCUGCUGCUGGUGGCGUGGGGCCUGAAAAAACUGAGAAAGCUGAAUCUGAGGUCAUGCUGUCUGGUGAGCAACCAGGGCAUCGCCUACCUGGCGGGCCAGCACCAGGAGGCCGCCGACGGCACGAGGGCGCUCGAGUACCUCGGCCUCCAGGACUGCCAGAAGCUGUCAGACGAGGCCCUCAGGCACGUCGCCAACGGGCUUCCCAACCUGAAGAGUAUCAAUCUGUCGUUCUGUGCCAGCAUCACCGACUCGGGGCUCAAGUACCUGGCGCGGAUGCCCAGCCUGAGGGAGCUGAACCUGAGGUCCUGCGACAACAUCUCGGACAUCGGCAUAGCGUAUCUAGCGGAGGGCGGCUCCCGCAUCACCACCCUCGACGUGUCUUUCUGUGACAAGAUUGGGGACCAGGCGCUGGUGCACAUCUCCCAGGGGCUGUUCACGCUGAGAUCGCUGUCGUGCUCGGCGUGCCAGAUAAGUGACGACGGCAUCCAGCGAAUCGCCCGCACCCUGCACGAGCUGGACACCCUCAACAUUGGGCAGUGCGUGCGUGUCACGGACAAGGGGCUGCAGCUCAUUGCCGAGCACCUCACCAACCUGUACUGCAUCGACCUCUACGGCUGCAACCGCAUCACCACGGUGGGCCUUGAGCGGAUCAUGCAGCUGCCCCGCCUGUCCGUUCUCAACCUGGGGCUGUGGCACAAACACAAGCGGUGACGCUUGUCUCACCUAGGUCCCCCUAACCAAUCCCCAACCCAGAUCCAGCAGGUGCUCAGCCCCACCCAACACUAAAGGUAAAUUCCCCAGCCGGCGGCCCAGGCCAGGUAACUGGCCUGUCACGGCUCACGCAGGAUGUCCUUGGCUGCGUGCUGUCCACAUGUUGCUUCUGCGGUGUCACUUAUCUAGGGCUGUGCUACGUAAAGAAUUCUUCGUGUAGAACUUGCUCAGGGUGUCAGGGAAAAGUAUUCCUAUAUGUAUACUGUUAGAGGCCCAUCCCAGUGUGUCGCUGUGCUGGUGUCCAUGAGCCGUACACGUCAGACUGUGCCGCCGCCAGUGCCACGUGUGUUGGCGGCGGCGGUGGUGGUCACCCUCCCGCCAGGGCGUCGCCGACGUGCCCUCCGUGCCAUGAGAGGUGCUUGUUCCCGCAGUACUCGCUACCACGACCUCCUGUUUUAAGGAAGUCUUACUCUAUGUUAGUAAUACAACGAAUGGCAUCAGUCCAUUACACCUCCACUGUUCAGUCCCUCGCAAGUCUUCUUGUCUUAAAAGUUACCCAGCUACACUGGAGAGGGAUCUUGGUGCCAAUCAAUGCCAACUUUACAAAGUCUGGUGUUAGUGUUAGUGAACAAGUGGCAGCAGAAACCUUUGAACAUUUGUAUAUACGGUAGUGCCGUGAUAACCAAUGUGAUAUUUGUGUCUGAUUGAUUCAGGCCCCUAGAGGGGCGCUCCGCUGGCCUCGUGUGUGUGUGUGUGUGUGUGUGUGUGUGUGUGUACAAUGUAUGUGC